GUGUGCGGUAAUGAUGUUAGUGCGCCUGCGCGGCUCCACUUCGUCAGUCACCCUCUCCCUCAAUCGCACGCCGAAUGUGUAAACAAGCUCCUGUGUCUACAAUUUUUCAAGCAAGGAGGAGCAACCCACUGUGAUAAAGUGAACAUGCAUGCCAUUGAAGGCUCGUCCAAUGUGCCUGCGUUCCUCACCAAGCUGUGGCGCCUGGUGGAUGACGCAAAGACCAACGAUCUGAUCAGCUGGACCCAGAAUGGCAGGAGUUUCAUUAUCCAGAAUCAAGCCAAAUUUUCACGUGAAUUGCUGCCACAGUACUACAAACACAACAAUAUGGCCAGCUUUGUGCGACAACUCAACAUGUAUGGCUUUCACAAAGUAGUGUCUGCUGACUCUGGAGGGCUGAGGGUGGAGAGAGAUGAGAUGGAAUUUGCACAUCCACACUUUCUUCGGGGACAAGAGAACCUUUUAGAGAACAUCAAAAGAAAGCAACAACGUAGACUUGCAAGCGAUGGCGUCGUUUUUACCCAGAUUCCAACCAGCCGUUCUGUGAUCGUAGAGGAUAAUAAGAACAUGAACAAGCUGUUGAGUGACGUGAGGGACAUGAAGCGCGACCAAGACUCCAUGAACUCCAAACUACACAAUCUGAAACGAGAGAAUGAAGCUUUGUGGCGGGAAUAUGCCAACAUGAGACAAAAGUUCACCAAACAGCAGCAGAUCAUAGAGAAGCUCAUCCACUUCCUCAUAGCUAUGGUGAAGAGCCCAUCAAAAGGUCUGGUGCCCAAGAGAAAAUUCAGCCACCUAGCCUUGGAGGCAAGUGAUGACAGUUCUUCUCUCUCCAAGAUUAACACAAUGCAUCAGUUCUUACAAGGAAACCCCAUAGAUGUUCUUGGGCAGAGUGAGACAAACAGUGGUGGUGCUCAGAUCCAGGAAGUAACUGAGGACUCUGAUUCAAACCAAGAUGAUGCUGUUAACUCAUCAGUCAAUGCAGGGAGUGACAAGGUAAGCAAUGCCAAGGAGCAAGUGAACACCACUGAUGAUGGGGCUGGAUCAAUUUUGGGUCUUGGUGCUGAACCUCUGGAGUUUGAUAUGACCUCCCCAGAUCCUAUCAGUGCCACCAAUGUAGUUAGUCCUGAGGGCACUGUAUUGAUGAGCAAUCCCCUGCUGGAUGAGGAUCCACUCAGCCCUGAACUCUUUAACGUUGUUGACCCAAGUGCUGUAACUCAGUCUUUCAAGUACCCAGCUAGCUGUACAGAUACUGUCACAACCAGUGUAGUGUGCUCCACCGGUGACAAAACUGGAGCAGCUAGUGACAACAGUGCCCCACUCUCUACAUCAUCAACCAACACACAAGUCCAUACUUUGACACAUAAAGGAAAGAAAAAAACUGUGUCACAGAAAAACCCUACCGAAGAUUCUUCCAUGAGAAUUGCAGUUCCAGAUAAGAGCAUGAAUAACCGACAUGAACUUCAAAAUCAUGUGGAUGAAAUGCAGACUACCAUUGACAACUUACAAGAUUUUCUUACUAAUGCCAACCUGAAUGUUGAUUCUUCAAUGCUUCAUUCGAUAUCGGGGAGUUUAGAAGAAGUUGUGCCUCUGUUCUGGUGCUCAAAAGGAAACACUUCUGGAGACUUGCCUAGUAAUGAGUUAUCCAUCUACAACCCAAAUCUUUUGGACCUGGCUAACAGCAUGGAGGAGGAAAGUGAGGAGGAUCCCUUUUCUUUUCUGAAUGACAAUUUUGCUUCAACCUCCACAAUCUCACAAACAUCAACAUCAUCAUCUCCAUCAUCGUCAUCAACAUCAACAUCAACAUCAUUUACCACUCCUGCCUCUUCUUCCACCUCUGUUAGCAACACCUCUGUGCCCUCAAAUAAAUCCACUCGGCCUCCACCACCAAAGCAUUUAAAAGUGACGAUUAAGAAAGAGCCAGGAGUUGACAGCUCUCUUGAGACUCCCGUUGUAUCACCUGUGAACUCCACUUCCUUGUUUAGAGGAAAAAGACAAGCUAAUUAAGUUCCCAUCAUUCAUAACUGGAGGAUUGAAAUUAUUGUAGCCACACAUAUUCUAGGCAACCUGGGACAUUUGAGAAAAGUGUCAAUCAUUCUCUUUCACUAGUUAUAUACAGUAAUAUAGCAAUAGCUACAUUAUAUUCCACUCACAGUACCUAAGAUGAUUGUACAGUACUGCAACUCUCAUGAAUAUUCAACCACAUGUAUUGCAUUAAAAAAGAAAUGGUGGUAAUAGUUGUAUGUACCUGGCAUAUAAAGGAAUGUGAAGUACUAGUUCAGUAUACAGCACCCUUCCAUACAGCAUGGUGAUAUUAUUGAUUAUUACUAUAAAAGGAACAGUUUUUUGUUUUAUAAGGAAAUGUGCUAUAUGAACAACAUAUGUUAUGGAAAAAAAAUUGUUAAAUAGACCUAUGGAAAAGUUAUUAAAGAUUUCAUAAGUUUACAGCACAGCACCAUUUCCACCCACUAUCACCCUGCCAUCAGCCCAAGCACUUGCUGAAAACCUUUACAUCAUGUCACACUCCAUAGAAUCAGUUGUAAUCUUACCAGAUGACGAAUAUUUCAAACAGGAGAAAAGGAGCCAAAUAAGAAGCAGAUGGGGUAGUGACAGGUGGAGGCAGUGUUAUGCAAUAACCACUUUAGCCUUGCAUUUGCUCUCAUCCACAUACUCAUAGACUGGCAUUAUGUAACCUAUCUCCUUUGUCUAGUAAAACUUUGAAGUAGUAGAUCAUAAUGAUGUGGCCAGUACAACUGAUGAGUUUAUAUAAAGGAGUUGGUGGGAGGGAGCAGAUGUGUCACUGCACAGCGGGAUGAUAGCGUCAUUGCUUAGUGGAACCUGUGCUUAGAUGUCAACAUAUUUCAUCCGUGACAUCCCAUGAAAUAAAGGAUGAAGACUAAGAAAUUAAUUGAUGAACUCAUUCUUAUUUUAUUUCCUGACACCUAAUAGUCAAUUAUCACUGUAGUAGAUGUGUACCUGAAAAGGAUCAUGAUAGAGUAAAAUUGGUAAACUUUUGGUAUCAAAAUAUAUGAAAAGAUUUUAUAGAGGAUUUGAUAGGGAAAGCAGUUGUCAAAUCUGUUGAGCAUGUGCUUUUACUAAGCUGUUUCAUGGAGUAGACAUACUCCAGGAUUUGAGGCACUGUAGAGUUGAUACCAUGCAGUGUCUCCCAUGUUCACCUACUUGGAACAAUCCAUGCCAUAUACUGUUCCAGAGCAUGUUGUAUGUGAGGGUACUGUAUUAUGGAUCUACAAUUUUCUUAAAAGAAUAAAUGCUAAUAACUCAGUACUUUUCUGCCUGUAUGUAUAUAUGUAACACUGAAUACAGAACACAUACAUUUAUUUUUUUCUAUUUGAUGUUUUGAUGGUUCUGUCAAGAUAUAAUAGAUAUUUAUAGUGUCUGAAGUAUACUUCGGCACUCAAAAUUUCAUGGUGUCUUCAGUCUGAUGAAAACAUAUAUAUAUAUAUAUAUAUAUAUAUAUAUAUAUAUAUAUAUAUAUAUAUAUAUAUAUAUAUAUAUAUAUAUAUAUAUAUAUAUAUAUAUAUAUAUAUAUCAUGAAAAAAAUUGUGGGUGGCUAAUGGCUCAUAGAAUUAUUCUUCAAACAGCAAUUCUUUGAAAUCUUAAGAGUAAAGAGUAACAAUAUCUGAACUUGAUUAGAUGUAAAGUGCAUUUUUUUUUUCCCAAAAAUUUAUACAUAUACACAUAUUUUUGUAUGCAUAUAUAGAAAUAUAUAAUUAAAAAUAUUUAAAAAUACCAUUCAUAAGAUGAUUAUACAUUAAAUAACUACUGCAUACACUUCAUUCAGUAGCAUUGCUAAUUUACUAGUAAAAAUGAAAUUACAAGUGAAGUUUCUUACUGUGGUGAAUGGAGAGGUAGUGCCUGAAUUGCUCCCUUGACCAAGUUAUAAGUAAACUAUUGGAUCCAGUAAUAUUCAUUCCUCAUUCAUGAAACAAUACUUUUCUCAUCAUAACUUUGAUUGCAUGCAUACAAGAUUUAUUGUACUGAUAUGUAUGCAAGAUGAGUAUGCUUUAUACAAUAUAGCUGAUGGUAUUAUAUAUAUAUAUAUAUAUAUAUAUAUAUAUAUAUAUAUAUAUAUAUAUAUAUAUAUAUAUAUAUAUAUAUAUAUAUAUAUACACACACACACAUAUAACAUAAUUUGAUUUAAGUUAUAACAGUGUAAUGAUAUCAAUUAAAAUUUACUAAUAUGGUAAAAUUGUGCAUUUGCAUCUGCUUUGCAAUAUCAGAUUUUUUAGUUGGACUUUCAAUUAUGAAAAAAACUAGACAGAUACACACCUCUAAUAGUAUAUAGUGUGAUGCACUGUCUAUUUUCUCUCCAUCUUUUGACUUGGAAACAAAAUUAUAUCAACAGCUACACCAGGGAAAUAGUAAAAGAUGAUUGUAACAUUUAUUUAUUUAUUUUCCUUUUUAGAAAAUAAAUAUAUAUUCAUACCAUAUGUCUGUUAAUUUUCUUUGAGUACAAUAUAUGUGUAGAAGUCGAAUUAUUUCUCAAAAAUGUAAACUAAACUUUGUUACUUGUCUUUAUGUAAAAUUAUGACUUGAGAAGAUUGGGUGUGCCAGUAGUAGGAAGAUGUAAGAUAGUUGUACAAGGAGAGGAGAAAGAAAGAAAAAUGUUUGAUGUGUAUGUUGUCUCAUGCAAACAUAUUGUGAUGAAAAAAUAAUGAGCUGUGAAAGAAUUAUGUCCUAAGAUCAGCUCGCAUUGGUAAUGAGAGAAAUAAGGACUCAGUAAUCAUGUUGUUAGUGCUGAGUUAAUAGGGAGCUUUAAAAGAAGA